CCCUGCCCAGUUUAAGUGAGUCAUUGGGUAGGCUAGCAGUCCAUUCUAUCAGAGCGCUAGAGAGAGCGGAUGGGAUGGAUAGAGAUUCUGGAUAGAGCGGAGGUUAGUCACUGAUAAACAUUAACGUUACAUAGGAGGGUGGACGGAUGGUGAAAUACGGAGGGCGCCGAAUCUAGUUCCUCUUACGAAGCACUUGUCUACCAAACGUGAAUCUCAGUCAGGGUCAAGAAGCAUUGAUUCUCGGUCAAGAAGAAGUGAGUUUCAGCAAAGGAAAAUGCUUCACCAGAACCGACCCGUGAAUCCCCAGUACGGAGGCCAGGGAGGCGGAUCCUCCUCACUGCGGAUACUCAGCAACAACAGCCAGCCUCAGAAGGGCAACAGGAAGCAAGGCAAGAAGGACGGCAACUUCAACUUCCUGGGUCAAGACGAUGACAUCAUGAUGGGAGGGGACGAGAACCGCAACCAGGUACGUCCUUGUAACCUGGGCUUGUUGGGCCGCGACCAGCCCCACCCUCCCUCCUCCUCAUCCUCUUCCAACCACUACGGUCCGGGGCCCCUGUCUCCACUCUCCCGCCUUCCCUGCUGGAGCCCCAUGGAUCCCCUGCCUGAGAUUGAGAGUGGAGACAAUGGGUACAGAAGAGUCCCCCCCGACGGUGCAGAGGAGGGCAAGAUGCAGGAGGAGAUGGGGAGGAUGAGCGAUGACGAGAAGGAGAAACAAGAGCUGAGAGGAGGCAGCAUGAAACAGGGAGUGGUGGUGGAAGAGGAGGAGGUGGAAGUGGAGGAUUCAGAGGAAUGGGGCAACAGCGACUCAGAGUUUGAGUUCAGGUCCAGCGGCAGCCUGUCCUCUCUCAAUAUGGAGAGUGGAGGCGAGGGGGCUGGGAUGGGGGGGUGGGGCAGACUGGGGAACAGCCUGCUUGACGGGGGAACGUUGUCGGACUCGGACACGGACUGCGGUGAGCUGCCUGAGCUGGAGGAUGCCGUGUGGACCCUGAGGGACCGUGAGCGCUUCAAGGCCCAGGAGAUGGAGAAGCACCAGGUCCAGCUCACCAUGUACCGCAGGCUGGCUCUGAUCCGCUGGGUUCGCACCCUGCAGGGCCGCGUCCAGGAGCAGCAGAACCGCCUCCAGUCCAGCUUUGACGUCAUCCUCGACCACAGGAAGGAGCUGCUGCGCAUGGGUGCUGGCACCAAUGCAACUGCCACCGCCAGCCAAUCGUAAAGCAAGAAGGAAGAGCGGAGGCCAUAACAGGAAGUGGUCACUAGCAGAGACAGGACCAUCUUUGAAGGGGAAUACAAAGGCAUUGUUGCCAUUGGCUAUGGUUAAUUUAGCUUAUUUUUCCCCAGGCUUAACUUUCCCUGAACUAGACAAUCUCCAAGCCUCCUCUGAGAUUUGACUCUGUUGUGGUGUUUUAAUAAGUGGAUAAUACAGUUUGUUUUGUAUUUAUUGGCGUCCUACCCUGUGUCACUUUCCAAACAUAUCCAUGUCACCUUUCUUCUUGAGAGCCAGGAUAUCUUUUUUCACCCUAAUUCCGCCAAUCUAUUGAAAUAUCUAAAAUAUUAUAUGAGAGUUUAAGAGUUGAAUAAAUGCUUGUAUCUUAAAAUGUUCUAUAUACGUUGUAGACUGUGCUAUUUUAUUUGUUUCUAUAACUGUGAUAUAAUCCAUGCCAAAAAAUAUUCAAAGUACAACAUAUGAGGUGAAAUGUUUCUUCUCCAGUGGCAUAAUACAAUUGUUUUAGAGUUAUUUGCGUAUCGAUAGUUGAUAAUUUAUAAGGUUAGGAUGUUGUUGGGAUUUUACUAGUCUAUUUGCACUCUUUGCACAGUAUAAACCCCACAUCAAUGUUAGGUCAGCAUACAAAGAAAAGUGUGGAUUAGCAGCAUAUGAGAACAAGUAGGCUAUGUCAGAUAGCUUAUAUUGAACACAUGCUAAACCUAAGCUAUAGGCAGUUUAUUUAACAUACACUACAUCACAAAAGUAUCUGGACUGGUCCCCCCUUUGCUGCUAUAACAGCCUCCAUUCUUCUGGGAAGAUGUUGCAGGGUGUCCAUUCAGCCACAAGAGCAUUAGUGUGAUCGUGCACUGAUGUUGGGCCUGGCUCGCAGUCGCCGUUCUAUUUCAUCCCAAAGGUGUUCGAUUGGGUUGAGGUCAGGGCUCUGUUGCAGGCCAGUCAAGUUCUUCCACACCGAUCUCGACAAACCAUUUAUGUAUGGACCUCGCUUUCUGCAUGGGGGCAUUGUCAUGCAGAAACAGGCCUUCCCCAAACUGUUGCCACAAAGUUGGAAACAGAGAAUUUUCUAAAAUGUCAUAUGCUGUAGGUGUUAAGAUUUCCCUUCACCAGAACUAAGGGGCCUAGCCUGAACCAUGAUCAACAGCCACAGACCAUUAUUCCUCAUCCACCAAACUUUACAUUUGGCACUAUGCAUUGGGGCAGGUAGCAUUCUCCUGGCAUCUGCCAAACUCAGAUUUUUCCAUCGGACUGCCAGGUGGUAAAGCGUGAUUUAUCACUCUAGAGAACGCAUUUAUUCUGCUCCAGAGUCCAAUGGCGGUGCACUUUACACCACUCCGGCCAACGCUUGGCAUUGCACAUGUCGAUUUUAGGCUUGUGUGCAGCUGCUCGGCCAUGGAAACCUAUUUCAUUAAGCUCCCGACGAACAGUUAUUGUGCUGGUGUGGCUUCCAGAGGCAGUUUGGAACUCGGUAGUGUGUGUUGCAACCGAGGACAGACGAUUUUUAGGCUACGUGCUCCAGCAUUCGUUAAUCCCGUUCGGUGAACUUGUGUGGCCUACCACUUCACGCCUGAGCCGUUGUUGCUCCUACAUAUUUCCAAUUCACAAUAACAUCACUUGAAGUUGACUGGGGCAGCUCUAGCAGGGAAGAAAUUUGAGGAAAGGUUGGAAAGUUGGCAUCCUAUGACCGGUGCCACGUUGAAAGUCACUGAGCUCUUCAGUAAGACCAUUCUACUGCUAAUGUUUGUCUAUGGAGAGUGCAGUUAAAGCCUCUUUGUAUUCAUUGUUGAAAUAUAUACAUUGCAGCCACUGGUCCAUGACCUUUCAGUACAAUCUUCUAUUUAUCAGCAGCACAAAGUUCGUUUGUAUCGCCUCAUCAUGACUGUGUUCUGUUGGUGGUGUGAUAGCCCUGUGAAGACCAAGCAUCACUCUUUAUAGGCAUGGAUACUGCGUCUCUCGUCGCUGCGGGCAGUGAACGUCUAGCAGUGCUGUGUGUGUCUGUGUGAGUGCUUCCAGAGAUACCAGCCUUCGCCAACUAAUCUGCGGUCCGAGUUGAGCUGGUUCUGCAGGUUACGGUCCCCCGGGGAAUCUGUCAGUUUGCGCCCCGGGGCCAGGCGGUCCUAUCCGGCCGGGUGAGCAGCCGCCGGUCCAGUCCCGCAAUAUGAGCCAAACCCCGGGGCAAGUUUGCGAUAAUCCUCGGUUAUACCUCCGAACUCCGGGCGCUGAGGCUUAUGUUCUAAAGCUUAUCGCCUCUCCUGGACGCAGGCAUGACAGUGAACAUGUGAGAGAAUUAACAUAUUUAUCUGUUGUUUAUUGGGUUUUAAGAUGUGUGUAUUUAGGGCAUUAAAAAGGGAAGCGGCUGGGAUAACACGUUUGUUCUGUCAUUGUCCUGCCUGUGAACAAAUACCUUUUCCAAAAAUCGCAGAGAAACAAAACAUAUUGAGAACAUAAAAUCCCCAUAAUGUAGUUAGGCAGGCAGUGAAGUUCAAAUGCAAAGGGACAUUUUACCUAUAGGCCUGUGGCCUAUACAAUUAGAUCUGAUGGAGUUGUUACUAUGUCUUGUUAGCUAUUGGCCUCAACUCCACAAAGGGCCAAUUCAAGCAAAUGUCUCCUUUGUUUCUGUAAGGAUGAAAAAGGUGUUCUUGGAUGCACAUUGUAUCUCAAUUUUGGAUUCUGCGCUGUGUCUAACGUUAAACACUGUGACCUCACCCUGAACACAUCUCUUCGUCUCAGCGACACUGUAUAAUAGGUUCGCCACACGGCGGGACACGAGGCAUGUGUGAUGGAGGUCCUGCUGGGCGCGAACAGCGGCACAGGCGAAAGAGCACCCCGCCCGGGGAGAAGCACACGCACGGGAGAGCUGCGGGAAGCGCCACCGUCUCUCUCCUUGAGCAGAACUGCUAAAACGAGCGAAGAACUGCGUUGCUAACGUUUUCUCCCAAAUUAUUGCGGAGGAGAGAGAGGUGCACACAGCUGUGCCUGGUGUCAUCCAAGUCGGUGUCAAGUGUUUCCAAGUAUGUGUGACCCUGCGAUAUUCGCGAAAUAACGAUCCACCUACUCAUUACAUACACUCCAACAAUUGAAUGUAUGGAAUUUACGUUUCAGACUGUUGUGGCCAUUGUUUAGAGACAUUCUAUCUGGCAACUUUGCGCGCAUUCGGGCAUAACUUGGAUUUCGAUAGCAGUGGUGUUCUGCCUAAAACGCCAACUAUUCUCAUGAAUUAGGCUAUAUUUUAUAUCAAUGAUAUUGCCUUCAUUUAGCCUAACCCCUGUAUUUCUGAAAAUCAUGAAUUGAUCAUCAUAGUCCAGGUCAGGCUCGUCCAUCCCAUGUGUAAUGGUGCCAUAACGCAUGAUGGUCAUUUUCAAUGAUUUGCCUAUUGUUGACGUGUUUUCUUUCCCUUCAUUCGGUCAUGUCUUUUUCACACGACAAUGACAACAAGCUGAACCCACCAUGACACAGUAUCCUGCAGUUGGCCUAUGAAGCGGAGUGAAAUAAUAACUAUAUUUUAGUCCAGCAGAGGGCGACUCUUCAUCACAUAGCUCCUUUUGUCACUUACAUUUUUUAAAAUCCAAUUGCGUGUUAAGAACACAAGGGGGCUAUCUUCUGCAUGAUCCAAUGAAGUAGCUUCAGUUCAGCCCGUGUUUUGUGAGUUGGACAUAUAGGCCCGUACUACCCAGUGUUGUCUGAUGAGUCCAUAGAGCAGACUCUCUCUCUCCCCUCUCUUCUUUCUCUCCCUGUCUUCCCUCUGCCUGAUGUAGUGUGACAGUGUGCUUGCCCCCAGCACUCUGUUGGCGUGGAAACA